AAGUCUCAAGUAUACCCCCUCAAACACCACCACCACUACUUACAACAGAGUCCUCAAGCAAGAUGCCCGCCCCAGCAUCGCCAUCCCCCUCCUUCCCCCUCCUCCCAACCAUCAGCCUCCUCCUCUCCCUCAUCUUCUGCCUCUACCGCCUCCAAGGCCCUAUCCGCACCUACUGUCGUCGUCUCCGAGCCCGAUCCAGCGGCCGAGAUGGCUACGCUCGUCUCGCAACAGUCGAGGAUGGUUCACCAUCCCCAACAGCCGACCAACCCCCCAGCCCCGAUCCGCACAAUGCUUUUCCUGAGACUCCAAGCACCCCGCUGAGCAAAUACUUCGAUCCGCAGACCGCCCUCGUCUACGCUGAUGUGUUCGAGCGGAGGACGAGACCGUCUACGUCGUGGGAGCUGGAGGAGGGGGAACUCGGACAGCAGCGGGUUGUUGGUGAUGGCGAUGGUGAUGGCGAUGGUGAUGGCGAUGGCGAUAGUGAUUGUGACGCCGGGGUUGGGGAUGGGGUUCUUGGGGAAUGGUUUGGGCGGUUGGUGGAGGGCGUGGUGCGGUAUUAUGAGGGGUUGGUUUGGGGAGAAGGGAUUGAUUGAGUAGGUACUCCGUACUGUACGUAGAAACUUGAAGAGAAGGUGGAAUCGAGGCAGAAGCUUGGCGUGAGAAUAAGCGGUGUGAAUCAACUCUGAUGAGUCGCAAUCGCUAUCUAGGAGUAAAGGGGUGGCGCGGCCUGAUUGAGAACUGGAAACUUUCGUCUGCAGGCGGGAUGCAAGCCACUAUGCAUGGCUUCGUGGCGGUUAUGUGAUGAGUGUCUUC